AUUAGAGGAGGAGAAGAAGAAGAAGAAGAAGAAGAAGAAGACGAUGAUUACGUAUCCGUUACCCAUCGGCCCCUGUGGUGUUUGGUUGAUGGUUGUUUGUGCGGCUACAAAGAGCAUUUAGGGUGAAUCCAUUCCUGGUGUGGUAAUCCAGUCGUCACUAUGGGUGAAAGAAAAGGAACAAACAAAUACUACCCUCCAGAUUUUGAUCCAGCCAAGCAUGGAUCCCUCAAUGGCUACCACAAAACUCACGCUCUGCGUGAGAGGGCCAGGAAGCUGUCCCAGGGCAUCCUCAUCAUCAGGUUUGAGAUGCCCUACAACAUCUGGUGCGAUGGCUGCAAGAAUCACAUCGGCAUGGGCGUCCGCUACAAUGCUGAGAAGAAGAAAGUGGGGACCUACUACACCACGCCAAUCUACAGGUUUAGGAUGAAGUGCCAUCUGUGUGUCAACUACAUCGAGAUGCAGACGGACCCGGCGACCUGCGACUAUGUAAUAGUCAGCGGGGCAAACAGGAAGGAGGAGCGCUGGGACAUGGCUGACAACGAGCAGAUCCUCACCACAGAGCGAGCAGAGAAGGAGAAACUGGAGACGGACGCCAUGUUCAAACUGGACCACGGUGGGAAAGACAAGGAGAAGCUGAAGAAGGCUCUGCCUUCUCUGUCGGAGAUCCAAGACUACCAGUCCUGCAAGAAGGACGACUUCCAGCUCAACAGCUCCCUCCGCAGGAAGUUCAGGACGGAGAAGAAAGUUCUGGCUGAGCAGGAGGAGAAGGACAACACGGUGAGGAUGAGGACCAACCUGUCCAUCCCGCUGCUGCCAGAGAAGGAGGAGGACAAGAAACUGGCCGCCCUGCUCACCUACCAGGCACCGGACUCCUACGAGGACAAGCAACACAUCAAGCGGAAAGCUAUCUCCUCUCGCUCCUGGUUCACCUCCUCCUCGGCCACGCCGGGAAGUGCAGCCUGCAGCCUGCUCCACAAGCUCAGCCUGCAGGGCAAAGAAGCAGCGGUGGCCAAAGCCCUGAGCUCCUCGCCCAGCCCCCUGAUCUGCAAACGCUCGGGAGGACCGGGAACCAAAAGUGAACCCUGCGCCACCAUCGCUCGCGGAAAGUCGCACCCCGAAAUCGGCACGUGCAACAGAGAGGAAGCGCCGAGUAUAGCACCGUCACAGGAGGGGGAGGAGCCAACGGAGACCAAUGACAGCGGCUUCAGAGAGACGCAUGUUAAAUCCUCAGAGGAAGCAGAUGAAGGACUGAGGAAGGAUUUUGGGAAGGAACGGGGUAAAAGUUUAGGAGCGCUCUCGUCUCUCGUGGUGGACUACAGCGAUUCAGACUCAGACCCUGGACCCUGAGGCCGGACCGCGAGGCCGGACUGUGAGGCUUUUCUGUUUUCAUGAAUGGAUGACAUCAUGUGUUAUUUAGUGAGAGUGAAACACAAACCGGAGACGCUUGUCCAGAAUCAGUGGCGGUUAACUCACCUGUCUCACAAUGGAAAUGUUUUAGUUUUCCUAAACAAAACGUGUGAAAUAGGAUUUAUGUUUAAGAAAGCAUUGUCAUGAAUGUGUUUCUACGAUGACAGCUUGACUGUAAAUAUGUUUCAAAAUCUUUAAUGUGUUGAAUCUGCAGACAUUACAGCUUCAAGUGUUUGGUUGUUUAGAUUCUUUGAUCACCACGUGUGUUCAAUAAAGAAUAGUGUUGAACUGUUUGAGUUCAGUUUGUUUCCUGAACAUUACUUUUUACUUUCAAUAAUGAAACACUGAGAAGUGAUGACAGUAUAUCCAAUAAACCAGAAACAGUCACCAAAACAUUUAGAUUUACAGUCACAGUUCUGCUUUUCUGUCAUCAUUGCUUUUAAUCAGAUUUGAGAUAAGUAAAUGUCGGAAUAGUUUGACCUAGUUUCUCAUUUUCAGAUACUAAUAAAUUAUUUUGAGAGGCUAUGGCGUUAUUUUAACGAUACUUUAUCAUAUUCAACUUUAACUUCCAGACACACGAGUCCAUAUGAAAAAAUACAACAAAAACAAUACGAAACGACGCCAUGACGCUGGUAUAAUCAUUGCAGUUCAAACAUACAGAAGUUUGUUCCAAUGUUUCCAAAAUCAAGAAGAAUGAUUUACAAGAUACUUUUUGUCCUCA